AUGGACUCUGCCCGUGCUGAGCCCCUGUCUGGGCUCCGCUCGCUGGUUGCCAAAGUUCUGGGCGCCACCGACUCCACCGCCAAUCAAACAGAGGUGGUGCCUACUAUAGGAAAAAAGGAAUCUCCAGUUGAAGAACCUUGUAAAGGGCAAAACUGGUUGAGCCACUUUGCAGCCGUUGCUCCUGACCACAUCAAGCGGUGGACAAAUCCAGCUGACGGGACCGGCAACAUUCCAUAUGAGCAGCUCGUCGAAAACCUCCAACAAUUCAACAUCCCAGCCAGGCAUGCCUCUGAUUACACCCUCGGUCAGAUCUUAGGAGUCGAGCCACCUCCUCAGGAGCCCACGCCGACGGAAGAAGUCGUCAGCGCUCCCCUGCCAACGCCCGCAAGACCUGUCGCGGCCCGCCCUCACAAACUCGGCCCGCAAGCUGCCGCCUAUCUGGGCAGAAAACAAGACCCAGAUUUCACCCAAGUAGUUCCAGUGCGUGAGGUAACAAAGGCCUUUGUGGGACCUGUUCGGGACAGAGUUGGGGCCCUUAGUGGGGACGCUGGCAAGGUGCUGAAGAGACCGGCAGAAACUUCAGAAGUGCCCCCCGAUUAUGUCGAAGUUGUUGGAAGUAAGCACGUGCGUGCUCUAGGCUCCGCUGUGAAUAUUAUAAGCCGUCAGAGUAGCAGCACCUCAGGAGCUGAAAGCGCAGUGGGCUCCAUCCGACCUGAGGUGGCUUGCCACAGACCGUCUCCAAUAUACCUGGAGCCCAUCACAAAUCCCAAAGCAGACAGGUUUACAGCUUCUAAGGGCGACUCUAGUGCAGUGGGAAGCACUGCAGCAGCAAAAUUCAUCGCAAGCAUCCCAAAACGCCCACCCGGGAAGGUAGAUGUCAACGCGAUUCACACAAAAGAAGACAAAGAUGUGUACGAUGCUCUGCGCAAGCCAGUUGUGUACACCAUGGGUACAUACGUGUGGUCAAAGGAAGAGGCUGAAAGCGGCAACGCACAUCCAACUGACCUACCUCCAGUAGACGCGUGUUUCAGCAAGCUUUGUCAAGAGAUGUUCUAUCCAAAAGGAGAGACAUCAGGCGAAAGUGUGCCAGCUGUUGAGGCAAAAGCAUCCAAAGACGAUAACCCAGCUGAGCAAGCCACCAUAUUCAUUCAAGAAAUACUGGAAACGGUCAAGAAGUCUAGGAGGGAGCUUGCAGCUUUUGCUGACAGAGUUGUCGAGACUCGUGAUGACGUUUCAGUAGGUGGCAAAGGACUUUUCGCCACUACCGAUAUCAAAAAGGAUCAGGUCGUAUUCGUGGAAAUGCCUAUGCUAACUUGUGAUAUUGAGUCUGAGUCGAUGUGGACGACAUUCAUGAAUCUGACAAGCGAACAGAAGGCAGCCUUGGACUCUCUUCAGGGGUUUCCUUCCGACCUUACGGAAGAUGAGUCGAUGUGGUGCAUUCUCAUGGCCCGGGCCAAUAAACACAUUGAGAUGGCCAAGCCAUUCAAGUUGUUCCUGGCGAAGAUGAAACGAAAUGCCCAUGGUUUGCCUUCCACUGGCCGGUGGGGCCUCUACCCAAAGGCUGCCAUGGUGAAUCACUCGUGCGAACCCAAUGUCACCUACCGGAACCUGGAUGGGCUUUUGGUUUAUUUCGCCACCCGUGAUAUUUCACCUGGUGAGGUAAUCUCGAUGACGUAUAUCGACCAGCUUUACGCUUCAGCUUCAUUCCGUAGCAAACGUCUCUUGCAGACUAAGUGUUUCACGUGCAAGUGCACCCGGUGUGGUUGUAUGAACGAGAAGGAAAGGCGCAUUCUCUGUCCUUCCUGCCGCCCUAUAAAGCUCAAGAUUGUCGACUCCCAUGCAAAACCCCCUUCUGCUCCCUCAUCGAAUGACUUGCAUGGAGAAAGUAACGAGAAAUCUGAGGAUGAAAAUGGCCAGCUGAAGGUUGGAGACAAGAGAGCUACAGCAUCUGGAGAGCUGACCAAUACAGACGUCGAAGACACAUCAGCUCCCGCUUCCGAUGAUGAUAGCAGCAAAGCCGCCCUGCAGUCAAGCGAUGAAGAGGCGGAGGUAUCUGAAGUGUCCAGCGAACCAGCGGAUGAUGAGAAGGCCUUCAUGCCGGAUGCUAGUCGGGUAUUUUCGGAAACUGGGGAAGAAGUACAAAGUCAAUGCGGCGAAGGCUCCUUAGCUAGCGACGAAGGCACUAGAGGACCUAAUGACCUCUCCGACACCGCUUCGAACAGCGACCGUACACCUGAGGAAGUUUCUGAUUGUGAGUCGAAGACAAGCUCCAACUCAGUUGGUGUGGGAAAGAUGAAGGAUGCUUCUGGAUCGUUGGUCCUGUCUAUUUACGCGAUGAACUCCUGCGGAAGCAGAAGCACUGAAAUGGGUCUGGAGGAUUCGCAGAGUGAAGAGCAGACGUGUCGCUCCAUUAGCAACGCCUACUCUGGUUGUUCUGCAAUCAUGGAUGAAUCCCUAGAGAUGCAUUCACCUCCUCCAAUGUACUGCCAGAGAAACCGCAGUGGCGUUUGGGUGUGCAGCAGCUGCAAAGGCCGCUUCACUGAUGACGACAUGCCCAUUGGUAUGGAAGACUAUUUCGAGCGGCUCUAUUUAGAGCUGCAGAGCAAAUUUAACUUCCCUUCAACCCCACAGUGGACAGUUGAUGUUGGCUCGUUAAUCAAAAGCAUUGAAGUCGUUUUGGGCACGCAGCAUUGGUUGUACGCGGCUUGCAAUCUGUUGCUUGCUCAACUUUAUCUUGGACAAUGGGUGGGAGGCACGGUCAAGGAAUCUAUUUUCGACAGGUCGCUCAAGCAUGCCGAAGUUUUUAUAAACUUUGUGGAAACAACGACAAGGGAAGCGCUUCACGUGGAUUGUGCACCCCUGUUGGCCUCUUUGAUGAGGGUCCUUCUGUUUAAUGGGCGAUGGUCUACAUUCGAAGAGUGGGUUAAUAAGGGGAGACUUGACGUCGUCAAGGAUUGUCUCGGUUCGUGGGAUGAGGCAUCCAUAGCUUUUUCCCAGGCACACGAAUACCUGCAGCGGUGUCGUGAGAAGGGCGACCUACCGCAGCUCUCGAUUCUGCACCGAUAUGCCCACACUGCUCAAUACACGAUUGUCCAAGCUGCAGAAAAACUUGAGGAGCAACAGGCGGAACGUAAGAGGGCACUGGAAGAGGCUGCUAAGGAACAAGAGAGGAAACGCCAGGCUGAAGAAGAACGCCUCAAAAUGCUAAAGGAAAGGAACAAAGCACUAAAGGAGCGUGUUGAAUGCAUGAAAGCGCAGGCCGCUGCUCGGGCCAAGAUAAAGGAUGUGACUGGCUCUCAUAAAGACGGUGUCCUCGCCAAGUUCAUGCUAGCCGGUGUUGAUCAAUGCGUUAUAAACGAUGCUUCAUUGGCAGUACAGCGGGCCCACCAGUACGCCAAAGAUAUGCAAGAAGCGGCUGUGCAGGGACGCCAGCUGUAUCCUGGGAAUAUGGCUGCUGAAAUGGCAUAUAUGCCUCCACAAGGGGUGAUGCCGUCAUCUUAUUUGCCUCUUAUUAUGCUAGAUGAUCCACUCAGAGCCAUUCCGGAAAGGAGCAGGCAGACGCGUCAACGGCGAGCAGCGGCCGCUCGACAGCAAGCAAUCAUGCAUGGGCUUCGCUCAGUGGAGGACUUGGACUUUGAAGAAGAUGAAUCAGUGUGUGAGGAGAUAACAGAAAAAGUUGAAAGCGACGGCAACGUCAGUGAGAGGACAAUGAUAUACCGAAUUCCAGGGCUUUCAGGCACUGCACCUGGGGAGUUCGUGAACGUUUCACAGCUGUUGCAUGAUGAAAAGGGGAAUCAUGCCCCCCUUCCUCUCUUCAAAUCAUUCUUCUACAUUGACUCGGCGGAGCGAAGGCGCUCGCUAAAGCCUGAAGAACAGAGCAGCCUCAUUGUCCUUGGUCAUUCAGUUUCCCCUCCAACACUUUCCGACGAAAAACUUGAGGACAUCGAGGCAGCGAAGUACAACUAUCUACAUGAGGAACGACAGAAAUUCGAGGAGGAUGUCAGAGCUGGUGUUCUUUUGGAAGCAGCUGAAGCAGGUGCACUUAACGACGACAGCAAGCUGGUGGAUGUCGUGGACGCAACGAACAAAGUCAUUCAGAAAAUGGUAGUCCAGGAAGCAAAGACUGAGCGAGCCCUUGAAGAGGCGAGGUAUGCGCUGAAGGGCAUGGAGCCCCCCAAGAAACCUUGCGCUGGAACCGUUACUGUCGUUAAACUGGCAGAAGAUCCUACUGUGGAUGCCAAGCCGCAAGGGCAUACCACAGAAGACGAAAGCCAAGAAAAAAUAUCAGAGGAACCGAACAACGCCCCCGUAAACGCAACAGCAAUGCGUAAUGUUUGGGAAUAUGUUCCUUCCCAUGACCCUGAAAAGGGUCCCACUGUGUUCCUGUACCCUCAAGAGAGCACAGAGGCCCCAGUUUCCACGGAAGUUCAUUCCAUGCCCAACUCGCGCGGCGAAGACCUCAAACAGUAUAUGAGCAGGCGAAUCAUAAAACCUCUUGACUUCUCCCACAUACCCCCCCCACCAAAAGUUGAAGACCUCGUAGGCUCUUUAGGUAACACUCAUCUGCAUUACAAGAUGACGCGCAUCAACAUGAUCAAACAACGCUACGCAUCAGCCUCUCCUACCAGAAAAGCCAACGAAGAAUAA